AAGUUAGUCAUCAUAACCUGUUUUGCAGAAUAAUUAUAUUUUUUAGCAUCCCACAGAAUUAAAUACUUAGCUGCAGAAACCAACUAAGUAUGGAUUAAAUUCUACAUAUUAUGUAAUCGCUCUGUUCUAUCAAAUGGUGAAUACAGUCUGUAAGGAGGCGUUAUUCAGUUGGUUUUAACCCUAAUCUUCCAAAUUCCACAAUGAUUUAAAUUAAAAAGAAUUUGUAGCAACUUUUUCGGGUGUCAUUUGCCGAGAUAAUCAUGGCUCCCAUUGUAUUAGUAAUUACAUAUCUCUUAGGGACUGCAUUAGCAACAGGUACCAUAAGAGCUACUUUCACCUUUCCAGAAUUCCAGUACAAAGAAACCAGCAAAAAUGAGAUGGCAUUCCGAGAAUUUGAGUCAGCAUGUAAGCAAAGUCCUACAUGUGCUCAAAUGAGUGGAAUAACAAGAGUCAGAUGUGUGCGAGAGUGCAUAUCACCUUCCUGUUACCAAGACAUCUACCAGUCCGAUCAGCUGGAAGAGGGAGAAAUAGAUGUCCGCUUGAAUUCCUUCAAAGGAUGUUUCAUUCAGAGGGCCGGUCGGCAGCGUCCGUGACGUCAGACCCUGCUUCAGUUUGCUAAUAUUUUCUGGUAGACUCAGGUUUGAGAAGAAAACUGGUGGAGCACUGUAGCACAAUUUAUAUUGUGAUACAUUUCAAACUUAAACAUUAUUUUAUAUUUCUCUUCAUGCACAUUUAAGACAUAAUUUCCCCUGUAUAAAAGUAGCAGGAGCGUUCAUCAUGCACUACAGCAGAACUAAACUGAUAUAACAAGAACUGGUAAAACAAACAACACACAUUUAUUAAACUACUGAAGUCCCUUUUAUAUUUUCUAACAAACUAUUCAGUAAAUACUGAUAUUAAACAAUCAAGGUACCAAUAUAAUCCCUUCCUAAGCUCUGUAUUUACAUUUACUUUAUUGGAUAUGUUUCUGUUUUGUAGUAAUUAUGAAUCAGUAAUUAGACAUUGAUUCAUAAAAAGCAUUCAAAAACAAACUGAAUUACAAUCAGUUUAAAGCGAAGGAUUUAAACGAGAACAACGCAUUGAAAGAAGAGCAAACUGCUGUAACAAGAACUCUAUUUAAUAUUCAAAACAGCAACAUAAAGCUCGAUAACAUGUAGUAAUUAAAUUGAACAAUAUGGAUGACCAAGUAAAACAACUUGUAAAAUUUAUACUAUAAUAUAAAUAUUCAUAUAGUCCAAAGAUUCAGUGUCAGACAUUUACUUAAAGAUACAGUAUCUUUACAAAAAUUUAGCUUGAAUGCUGUUCUCGGCAUGUUAUAAACCAUAUAAGGGUUCCUGAGAAUUUACUCCAGAUUUUUAAAUAUUAAGGACAGUUCAGAAUAUCUUUUCUUGUAUCUUAUCUGUUGAUACAACACAAAUAAUUUGACACUUAGAAUCCUAAUCUUAGAGAAAAUAUUACAUAAAAUGUACUGUAGCUUAUUCUACUUGAUAUCAUAUUACUGUAUCAUACAAGAUCGUCUUCUCAUGAGCAUGAAGUAGUGACCACUGAUUUUGGAUUUUUAAGGUUAUGACUUUAAAAAUAAAAUACUUUAAAAAAAGGGUUAACCUAUAGACUUGUAGCUUCCAGUACAGAGAAUACUGAGCAGAUUUAAUGUUUAAAGCUAUGACCAUAAAAUGUUCAUCACUAAUAUUUUUGGCUGGCCAAGAUGAAUCACAUAUGAAUUGGUUACAUAUCUGAGAUAACUUUUAUUUUACUUGACUUAUCUUUCUGGUAACUCGACAACAUAAAUGAAUUGUAAGAACAUGUAACUACCGUAAGAAAUUAAAUUUUUAGAACUGUAAAACUUAUUGAAUUUGGGAAUGGUACAUUAAAUACUAUUACAUGUAUUUAUUUAA